UUGGACGCUUUUGACAGUUCUGCGGUUUGUUGUGUGUCAAAAUGUUUAAAUGAGUUUGUUCUUUUAAUAAUUAUUUAAAACCAUUAAAUAUAAGCUCAUAUUUAUGAAUGUGUAACGUGCUAUUAUAGCUUUAACUUUUCCUUUUUCAAAAUGAAGUUAAUAAUAGUAAUAUUAAGUGUAAUAUUGAGUUCACACCUCACAUAUAAUGUAGCUGCUAAAUCAAAAAAAUCCAAAUCAGUUACAACUUUACUUGAUGCAAAAUGGGAAACAACUCCGUUAGUUUUGGAAGUGGUGGAAUAUUUGGCUGAUGAAAAUGUGGAUUUUUAUUGGAGAUACAUUGAUGCUAUAAGUCAACUUAAAAAACCACUAGUGGAAAUUGAAAAUGAAAGGGAAAGGUACAAUGUUGUAAUUGAACAAGCAUCCAAAUUGAUUACACCUUCACAACUAUCAGUAUUGAAAUUGGGGUUGUCUUUGCACAUCUAUUCACCUAAAGUUCAAAUGUUUGGUCAAAUGGCAGUUGAAAGAAAUCUACCAAACUGUGAAACUGUAGCUGACAUAGGUGGACAUUUAACUUGUGAUAUUAAUGAAAUAAGCAAUUUAAUUCAAAAGGCUACCAAGCAAGAACAAAAAGGUGUAGAAGUAUUUAAGAUUGAUACUCACUACCCUGGAUCAGAAAACCGAAGUGUUGUAGUAGUAUUGUAUGGUGAACUUGGAAGAAAAUCAUUUUCAGAUUUCCAUGCAGUACUCCAACAAAAAGCACAAGAAGGUAUAAUAGAUUACAUAGUCCGGCAUUACGUAAAGAACUCAUCUGGCAUAAAACAAAGAUUAUCUGGCUAUGGCGUUGAAUUACAAAUGAAAUCAACAGAAUACAAAUCACAGGAUGACACUGAAGUACAUGAAAAAGCCUCUUCAGAAGAAAAUUCUCAAGAGGAGGAAGAUGGUGAAGUAGAAGGAUUUGAUUUUGGAAAACUAAAGAAAAUAUAUCCAGACCUCAAAAAUGAAUUGAACAAAUUUAAACAAUAUUUGGAAGAAACUUCAAAUGAGCUGGCCCCAUUGAAAGUCUGGCAAUUCCAGGAAUUGAGUUUACAAGCUGCAGAAAGAAUAAUGAAUGCACCCAAGGAAGAAGCUCUUAAAGUGUUUACUAACAUUGCACAAAACUUCCCAAUGCAGGCAAAGGGGCUGGUCAAAACUGUAGUGAAUGCAAACAUGAAAAAGGAAAUGAAGAAAAACUCUGAGAUUUUUGCCUCAACUCUAAAUCUUCAGCCAUCAGAUACAGCUUUGUUCAUUAAUGGAAUGUUCUAUGAUGUUGAUCUGGUUGAUGUCUACGGAAUUUUGGACGUAUUACGACAGGAAUUGCGUACAAUGGAAGGACUUCAUAAAUUAGGAAUUGGAAACAAACGUUUAACUACCCUCCUAGGACUUGACUUAUCUGAUUCCAGUGGCUCCCAAGAGUUUGCCAUCGAUAUCCGUGAUUCGGCAAUUAACUGGAUCAAUGACAUUGAAAGGGAUUCAAAAUAUAAUAGAUGGAGCACAAGUAUCAUGGAGCUUCUAAGACCAACGUUUCCUGGGAUGAUCAGACAAGUGAGGAAGAAUUUGUUUAAUCUCGUUCUGAUCAUUGAUCCCACAGAUUCAGAGUCUCGCGGCAUCCUUAAACUUAUCGAAUCGUUCGUCAUCCAUACUGCACCAAUUAGAGUAGGUGUUGUGCUCCAUGUUAACUCAUCUACAUCACUCACAGGACUUGAAGAUGCUGGAGUCGCCAUGUUGUGUGCCUUUAACUUUGUUUCUCAAAAGAAGGAUCCAACUGGGGCUUUAACUUUUGUCAGGACUGUUAUGGGCAAGGCUGGUGAAAACAGAGUCACUGUAGAUGAUGUUAAAGCUGAAUUGAAGAGGCAGUUCACUGAAGAUUAUGAUGACAUUAUAGGUGAAGACUCUGAUUAUGACUUUGGAAGACAACUGUCUGCUGAUUUCAUUCAAAGAACUGGCCUCGGAUCAUCGCCACAAGCUUUAUUGAAUGGUAUACCAUUGCCCAAGAACCAGUUAAACCUGGACGACUUCGAAGAGGCCGUUUUACAUGAAAUCAUGGCCCAGACGCCCAAUUUCCAGAAAGCUGUUUACAAAGGUAAACUCACGGAUGGAGAUGAUGUAGUGGAUUAUGUAAUGAAUCAACCUAAUGUUAUGCCCAGAUUAAAUGAACGGAUCUUAAAUAAAGACAAAUCAUUUUAUUUGGACAUGCUUGGUGAACCUUCAAGUACAACUAACAUUCAGCAGCUGCUUACUUUGAGUCCAAGGGAUAUGACUGCCACAGCAAUAGAAAAUAUUAAAUAUUUUGUGGGAGCAGAAAAAAACAAAGCUAAGCCCUACAAAGCUAUGACCUAUUGGAUUCUUGGUGAUUUGGACUGUCCAAAGGCUAGGAACUUGUUGGUUGACGCUUUGACACACAUGAAAGAUGAACCUGAUGUAAGAGUGAGUUUCUUACCUAACGUCAAUGGAGAUAAACCUAACAAAUUGAACAAGAUCAUAUUAGCUGCCCUUGAACAUCUACCAUCUGAUAAAGCGACAACUUUUGCCCUCUCCUUGUUACUUGAUAAUCAAAAAGUAAAAGACAUAAAGGAAGGCAAACAAGUAACGAUUCCUAACGAAAUAACCAGAAACAUUGAUGCUCAAGAAUUAAAUUUGAAAAUGUUGCGAGUGUACGCCCAACGAGUGCUGAAUUUAAAAGCAGGUCAAAUUGCCAUAGUCGCCAAUGGCAGAGUGUUGGGACCUCUGGCUGAGGAAGAGAAUUUCACCCUUGAAGAUUUCAACUUGCUAAUGAGAUUCAGUGGGGCUUCAUACCUUGAUAAAAUUAUUGAAGCUAUGGGCAAAGAUGCUGAUGAGGAAGAUGAUGUGUGCAGUGAUACGUUGAUGAAAGUCGUCUCAUUGUUGAUCUCAAAGGUACAGGGAAGGUCCAGGUUUGACAUCAGCUACAGUGGCACAGAUCAUUCAGUUAUAACGAUCCCACCCAGAAAUGCCGACCAAGUCGCUUUUGAUCUCGUAGCAAUCGUAGAUCCAGUUUCACGUGGUGCUCAAAAAUUGGGGCCAAUUCUCCAAGUCUUACAUGAAGUACUUAAUUGCAAAAUAAGACUGUUUUUAAAUAGUGUCGAGAAAAAUAGCGACAUGCCCGUCAAGAGCUUCUAUCGCUUCGUUUUGGAGCCAGAAAUUCAGUUCAGUGAAGAUGGCAGACAAUUGCCGGGUCCCAUUGCUAGGUUCAAUAACAUGCCCACUUCUCCCCUAUUGACACAAAACUAUCACGUCCCCGAUAACUGGCUCGUGGAAGUAGUACGAUCCGUUUAUGAUUUAGAUAAUAUACGACUCGAAAAUGUAGAAAGCAACGUCCAUAGUGAAUACGAAUUGGAAUAUCUCCUUCUGGAGGGUCACUGCUUCGAACAGAGCAGUGGAAGUCCGCCCCGAGGUUUGCAAAUUACUUUAGGAACUGAAAGCAAACCAGUCAUCGUCGAUACUAUCGUGAUGGCCAAUCUGGGUUACUUCCAAGUAAAGGCUAAUCCUGGCGCUUGGAUUCUGAGACUCAGACAAGGUCGCAGUGCAGAUAUCUACAACAUUGUCAGUCAUGAUGGAAGUGACACACCAGAAAAUUCUGAUGACAUUAAAGUGGUCAUUAGUUCACUCAGGUCUCACAUUGUUAAACUUAGAGUGCAGAAAAAACCAGAUAAAAUUAACAUGGAUUUGCUGUCUGAAGAUGAAGGAAAUUCUGGCAUUUGGAAUUCAAUCACAAGUUCCUUUAGCGGCAACGAAGAAGGAGAAGAAGAAAAACUGAACAUAUUCUCCUUGGCUUCUGGCCAUUUGUAUGAAAGAUUCCUCAGGAUAAUGAUGCUGUCUGUUUUAAAACACACCAAAACACCAGUUAAGUUUUGGUUCCUGAAGAACUAUUUGUCCCCACAAGUUAAAGAUUUCCUGCCGUACAUGGCUAAGGAAUACGGUUUUGAAUACGAGCUCGUUCAGUACAAAUGGCCCAGGUGGCUACAUCAACAAACUGAAAAACAGAGAAUCAUCUGGGGUUACAAGAUCCUUUUCCUGGACGUGUUAUUCCCUCUGGACGUUAAGAAAAUUAUUUUUGUGGAUGCUGAUCAGGUUGUCAGAGCAGACAUGAAGGAAUUGCAGCAGUUGGACUUGGGAGGGGCUCCUUAUGGUUACACACCCUUCUGUGAUUCCAGGAAGGAAAUGGAUGGUUUCAGAUUCUGGAAACAAGGAUAUUGGAGGAACCACCUGCAAGGCAGAAGAUAUCACAUUUCCGCUUUAUAUGUUGUCGAUUUGAAGAGGUUCAGAAGAAUUGCCGCCGGUGAUAGAUUGAGAGGACAGUACCAGGCUCUCAGUCAAGAUCCAAACAGUUUGUCCAAUUUGGAUCAGGACUUACCAAACAAUAUGAUCCAUCAGGUUGCUAUUAAAUCGUUGCCUCAGGAAUGGUUGUGGUGCGAAACUUGGUGCGACGACGCUUCGAAGGCUAGUGCGAAAACUAUAGACUUGUGCAACAAUCCCCAAACUAAAGAAGCCAAGUUAACAGCUGCAGUGAGAAUUUUGCCAGAAUGGAAAGGAUAUGAUGAUGAAAUAAGGGAAUUGCAAAAGAAAAUUGAUUCCGGGUUAUUGGAUGAAGAGGCUGAACAAGAUGCUCCUACGAUAAGGACGACUGAUAUACAUUCUGAACUAUAAUUGUAAAUUUUAAUAAAUACUACUUAGGUAAGUUAUGUACAGUAAUUUUUUAAUAAAUAAAUGUGAAAUAUGUAAUAUAUACAA